GCUGCUAAAAAGGAAGUUUUGUAUGAGAGAGGGUCCAUUGCUUGUUCCUUAAUUCUAAAAAUCAACCCCCAAAACCAAGAAAAUUUUAGAAGAUUUUGGAUGAAAUCUGGUCGGAUCUUGCUUUCUUUGCUUUGAGAUUUUGUUGUAGACUUACAACGUGUAUUUCUACAAUACUAUUUCUUUUCCCUUCAUCAUUUUCCCACCUCCCUCCUUAUUCUAUUUCUUCCUUCCUCUUAACAACAAUAACAACCAACCACCGUUUCCAACACCUCUAUCUCUCUUUCAUCAUUUCUUCAUUCAAUGGGUAUGUCCGCAGAAGCCCAAUUUCAUGUUUUAGCAGUAGAUGAUAGUAUAAUUGAUAGAAAACUAAUCGAAAGACUCCUCAAAACCUCAUCUUAUCAAGUUACCACUGUUGACUCGGGAAGUAAAGCUCUUCAAUUUUUAGGAUUACUAGAAGAUGAACAAAGAAACCUUAGCCCACCUUCUGUUUCCUCAGAUUUCCAUCAGGAAAUAGAAGUGAAUCUUAUAAUAACAGAUUACUGUAUGCCCGGAAUGACAGGUUAUGAUUUGCUAAAAAAAAUCAAGGAAUCUUCAUCUUUCAAAGACAUUCCUGUUGUAAUCAUGUCAUCUGAAAAUGUACCUUCAAGAAUUAGCAGAUGUUUAGAAGAAGGUGCAGAAGAAUUCUUUCUAAAACCAGUAAAAUUAUCUGAUGUGAAAAAGCUUAAACCUGUAUGGAAAGGGAAAUCUAAAGAUCAACAAUUACAAACAAAUCUACCACUACCGCCCCCACCUGAAGAACAAAAACUACAAGGAAAAGAUGUUCAAGUAGUUGAUGACACAAUUCUCAUAUUAGAGCCACAGCAACAAUGUCUGACAGAGGUACUAUCAGAAAAGGAACAAGUAUCAUCAAUAGAAAUAGAGCAAGUUAACAAUAAUAACAAGAGGAAAACAAUGGAAGAAGAGGUUUCACCUGAAAGAACUAGACCAAGAUACACUACUGGUUUAACAAUGGUGUGAUUAAUAGACUGUUAAUCCCCAUUUUUUAAUUUUUGUUCUUUUGUUAAGAAAACAAAAUAUUCUGUUCAUGUUGAUAGAAGAGGUUGAACAGAUAUGUAGAGAGAGAGAUAUGUGAUCAAAAAAAGAUGAUCCUUUUUA